AAGUCCAGUGUUGUUGCUUGCUAAAAAAAACAAAAAAUCAACAGCUCAAGCUGCAUUAAAGCAGGUCUCUGCAACACAAAUCUAGCUGUGUUAACAGGUUUCUCAUCUGAUCUCUGCAUGGAUGGUAUCUUUUUGGUCCCAGAAGGUAUCCUUGUUUUGGAUUUUUACAUCUCGCUUCCUCCCAAAUCUGACAGCCCGUGGAAACUCUGAUCCUGCCGUACACAAUGGCGUCUAGAAAACCUUUGACAGUUGCACCAUUGCUGAUACUUGUUCUGAGUGUCUUCAGAGGACAUACCCUCACAUGUCAUCCAACAGAGUAUCUGAUCGGGGAUCAAUGCUGUCCUAAGUGUUCUGUAGGAAGUCGAGUUAGGAAACAUUGCACAGAGUUCCGAAGUACUACCUGUUUGAAUUGCGACGAGGGAACAUUCAUGGAUCGUCCUACAGGGCGUACAGAAUGUUUUCCCUGUGCACCCUGUGAUUCAGGUUCUGGUUUAAAGCUGAAGAGGCCAUGUACGACUACCUCAGAUACAGUUUGUGAAGCACUGGAGGGAUUCUACUGUACUAACGCUAUAGAGGACAACUGUGUGAAAGCACAGAACCACAGCAGCUGUCAACCAGGACAAUAUAUCCUCCAAAAUGGAACAGCAUUAAGGGACACUGAGUGCUCUGACUGCAGCGAUGGAACAUUUUCUGAUGGGACAUUAUUGACAUCGUGUCAGCCACACACACAAUGUGAAUCAUUGGAUCUUCAGCUGAUAAAACCAGGAAAUGCUUCAACGGAUGCUGAAUGUGGAGAACGUAGUUCAUCGUUGGGGGGCUUGUGAUAUGUUUAGUGGUUCCCGGAAUAUCUCUUGUUGUGCGUAAAUCUCAGCAAAAAGAGAGGAUGUAAAAACACAGGUAUGAUGGACAUUUAGACAAAAUAAUUAUAGUAUGAAUAUAAAAUAAAUAAUAAUGUUCUUAUUACAUAAUAUUGUAUGUCAAAUCAUUAAGCGGUUGAUUAAGAUGUUUUUCAUUGUUAAUGUUUUAUUACAUAUAUAAACAUGUGCUGCAGAUAUACAGUAUAUAUAUCUUGCAGCACAUGUUUUAACACUGUUUUCAAAACUGUUAAAGACACAUUCAAAACAGAAUGAUGGAACAUUCUGCGGUAGCCAUAUUGAAAUACAUAGACAAUCUUAGAAUAUUUACAAUAAAAUUAAGUCAAUUUGAUUUUUUGCAGAUUUCAAACAAAAUGUCAUUCUAGAUCACUGCUGAAAACUUUAAUAAAAAGAAGAAAAAAGAAAGAAAAGAAGAUUCUGUGUGAGUCUGGUUAUGAGUGACAAUGUUGCAUGCUUUCUGCAGACUGACAGUGCAGCUUUCUGAGUGAGAGUUGUUGCCAGUGUUUUGGUCGAAGGAGUUUACGUUGAGACAUGUAUCAAGUGUUCUGGUUGAUAUAGGAUUGGUUAUCCCUUGCUUUUCUUCAGUCAGGAUACUGCUGUUGUACUUAAUGUAUGUAAUUUGUGCUUGUGCAUGACAUGCUUUGGUCAUUGACUGAAUAUAUAUGAUCUAUAUAACACAUAUAACACAUAAUAUCAUCCACAAUCUGCUGUGUUACUGAAGCAGAACGGCAUUUUAUCCCUGGUUGAACGGAGUGGCGUCUUAAGGAAAGUGUCCUCGGGUGGAGCCAGGCCCAUCUGUGUCUGAGUUUCUUCAUGCUGUUCAGAAAGAGACAAUAGUGCACAUCCAUGUAGUUGCUGUUGCAGGAUAAAACAGUAAAUGUAGAAAGAGAGUCUACAUUUGAGAGUCACACCCACUUGAGUCUGUUUCAGACUACAUGCUUCAUCUGUAAAGUAAAUCACUGAGGUCAUCAUUUUGUCAUCUUAAUUGCCCAAUCUGGACAGUAUUAGUAUGUACAUCUUUGACUGAAUAGUAUCUCUAUGUAUGUUAAUUUUUUCACAUAUCACAUGACCUCUGACC